CAAACGGGUUGAACUUUGAAGACCGCGUUAUGUAACCCUAACCUUAUGUCUUUUGAAACAGUCCGUUUGGUGUAUCUUUUCUGUUCCUGGGCUUGCAACCUACGAACGUGUCUAUGGAGGUUGUAAAUGCUCGGUCGGCACUGUUAUCAAACUUUGAGGUAUUGAACCUCCUUCGCGAGCUCGAUGCGGAGCACAUCGCCCGCACAAAAACUGCCAUCCGCGUCAAAAAGGAAGAAGAGGCUGCGGGAAAGAACUCGCAUGACACUCAAACUGAAGAGAUUAGCGAGAACCUUCGCACAGUCGAGCUGGAAGCUAUUCAGUAUCUAUCGGCGGACUACCAGCCGACCCUCCACCAAUCAGACACGAGCAUCACGCAGCUCGUGCGUGGUCUUCAGCCGUUCGGAUUGUCGAAAUCAGAAAAACUUCAGAUAGUCAACCUGGCUCCAACUGAGCCAGUCGAGCUAUAUGUUAUCGUCGAGGAACUCGAAGAUCGAUUGGGGAACCGAAUGGACGACCUUCUUGCUGUAGUAUCCAAUUCAUUACACGAAAGUGCUCCUCGACAUUCCAAUGGGACUAUGACUGUACCCGAAGUCAAACGAACGCGUGGUGAAGCUGUAGUGGAGGUCUACGAAGAAGCAGAUCAAGAGACUUGGGAAUAUGAUGCGAACGCAAUGGAGUUCGAUGACGCGGGAGAGGGAGUAGGCGUUGAAGGCGACCUUGAUGUUGAUGAUGAUUAAGAAUGCUACGGUUCAAGGAAUGCAUGUACGUGCCAGUCGCAAGACCAUAUAGGACUUCCUCGGACUGCUGCCGUGUAAGUGAAAGAGGUUCCUACUCUAUCAUACGGAUGUCUCUCUAACAUCUUUCGGUUGCGACUAAGAUCUAGCUGUCGCAAAGGCUAAGGGAAAUAUCAUCGUGAGGCAAAGUACAUAUCGGUCGCUCAACAUUAUAGAUUUUUGACAUGGGGUAG